AUGCCAAACAGACAAGACCCAGCCUAUGACAAGUUAUUCAAAAUCCGCCCUUUUUUAGACACUCUCUCCAGAACAUUUUUGGAGAGCUACCAACCAAAGGAAUUCCAGUCUGUUGAUGAGUCAAUGAUCAGAUUCAAGGGGCGUUCAACUCUCAAGCAGUAUAUGCCUCUAAAACCAGUAAAAGGAGGUUAUAAAGUGUGGGUAAGAGCAGACGAAUCUGGCUUUAUAUGUGAAUUCCAAAUUUACACCGGAAGAUUACGGGAUGGAAGAGCGGAGAAACUCCUAGGAGAAAGAGUCGUACGAGAUCUUACCGAAAAAAUAGUGGGAGAAAAUCAUAAGGUUUACUUCGAUAAUUUCUUUUCUUCGAUGGAUCUGCUGAAGGUUUUACAAAGCCAAAAAAUCCAAGCCUGUUGUACAGUGAGAAAAGAUCGCGUCAAUUUGCCAAAAUUUUUCAAUAAAGACCAAAACAUGAGAAGAGGAGACAGUGAUGUAAGGUGUACUCUGGCUGGCCUAGUAUGUGUCAAGUGGAUGGAUAAAAAGCCAGUUAUCUUCGCAUCGAACUACCACGAUCCGAAUGAAAAGUCUUCAGUCAAAAGAAAAUUAAAAAAUGGCACAAAAGUAGAUGUACCGUCCACUACAUUAGUAAGUGAUUACAACAAGCAUAUGGGGUAUGUUGACAAGGCCGAUCAACUCAAAAAAUGCUACCAAAUAGACAGAAGAAGUAGAAAGUGGUGGCAUAGGAUUUUCUUUCACUUCUUGGAUGUGUGUAUUGUAAAUUCAUACAUAAUGUUUACGCAGCAAAGUGAAGGAGCCACUUUAUCUCUGAAACAGUUCAGGAUCAACUUAUCACAAAGCUUGAUGUCCAGUGACAAGACUAGAAAUGGAAGCGGGAGAAAGAAGAAAAAUACCAUGUCCAGUUUCAAGAAAAAUAUUUCCACAGAAAUCAGAAGCAGUGGAAAUGUGCACCUACCUAUACAUAUGAGUAAGAGAAGAUGCGCCAACUGCAGCACAAAGGAGAAUCCUCAUCGUUCUUUUUUGGGGUUUGUAAAGCGUGUGAUGUUGCGUUGUGUUUGA